CAGAGGCUCUCCUGAGUUCCUCCAUCUCCCACCAAAAUACCACGCCACGACAAGAUCCAAUUCGCAGAAAAAAAAAGGAGCAAUUACCCAGAUACCUGAGGCGCCAUGAACGUUGAGGAGGAGGUCGGGAAGCUCAAGGAGGAGAUCCAGAGGCUCGGCCAGCAGCAGCCUGACGGCUCAUACAAGGUGAAGUUUGGUGUCCUCUUCAACGAUGACCGAUGCGCAAACAUAUUUGAAGCAUUAGUUGGCACCUUGCGGGCCGCCAAGAAGAGGAAAUUUGUCACCUAUGAUGGUGAACUACUACUGCAGGGUGUCCAUGACAAUGUGGAGAUAACCCUCUUGCCUCCUGUGGUCGCUGCUGCUUGAAGUGUGGAGCACUGACAAGUCUCUAAUGUCAUUGCCUCGAAGUGCCUUUAAUUUUGUGUGCUUAAGUUCCCAUGAACUGUUUGGUAUUUCCAGAAGAGUACAAUUAUGUGAUGUAUAAACUCAUGACCUAUGCGGUUGCUUUCCUUGCAUGGUUGUGUUGGAAAUUCAGUGGUGAUAUGCUAUGUUGUGAAAGAAACAAUGACAAGCUCCGACUUGAGUUAAUGACAGUACCACUCAUGUUCACGGGGUAUCCAAUUGGCAUUAGUGUUCUCAUUGGCAUGUAAUAUCACAUCACUUGUCUGAGAUAUUGACAUCCAUGGUACUUCUCA